CCUCAGGCAGCAACCUCCCUCCCUCCUUUCCCGGUCCUCCUCACUCCCACUUCAUUACUUGCAACUUUUGCAAACUAGUCCAAAGCAGAAGCACUUAUCCCAGUCUCUGCUCUUUAUCUUGGGCUUCACUAACUGCCAAGAUUUCUGCUUUUCUUCUCUGCAGAACCUCGACUGGAUAUUCACAGAGGAGCUUUUUCUGGGGGGUGGGGGGAACAAUAAAAUGAUUUGCCUCUUCGAGAAAGCCUCUUAUAUUCAGCUCUGGCUCGUGCUCUCUGUUUUUGAUCUGGUACUGCUGAGAGAUACAACUUGGGGUCUUUCUGUGGAAGAGCAGGAUUACUAUCUGCAGGAAAUAAUCAACAGGGAUCAUUACUAUUCAUUCCCAGAUCCUGAAGAAUUCUCACCUUUCACAGAACAACCAAGGGAGAAAGAAACAGAGCCCCCUGAAGAAACAGAAGAGCCCCCGAGAUUCAGACCAGGAAAGAAAGAGUUAAAAUCCAAGAAAGCCAACAAAAAAGAUAAAUCUGCUCUUGAGAUCCCACCAGCUAAAAAUGGCAAUAGGAAAGGUGAGAAAAGCAAGAAAAACAAUGAAAGGACAACAGAUGGUGACUAUGAAAGACGAAGUACUUAUGAAGAAAGCCGUGAAAGUUGCCCUCCCCUGGGUCUUGAAACAUUAAAAAUUACUGACUUCCAGCUGCAUGCUUCUACAGUAAAGCGAUAUGGCCUUGGGGCCCACAGAGCACGGCUUAAUAUUCAGGCAGGUAUUAAUGAAAAUGAUUUUUAUGAUGGUGCUUGGUGUGCAGGACGGAAUGAUCCAUACCAGUGGAUUGAAGUAGACGCUCGGAGGCUAACAAAGUUCACAGGAGUUAUUACACAAGGAAGGAAUUCUCUCUGGCUGAGUGACUGGGUAACGUCUUACAAAGUAAUGGUGAGCAAUGAUAGUCAUGCAUGGAUCACUGUCAAAAAUGGCUCUGGAGACAUGAUUUUUGAAGGCAACAGUGAAAAGGAGAUCCCAGUUCUCAAUGAACUACCAGUACCUCUUGUUGCACGUUAUAUUCGGAUAAACCCUCGGACGUGGUAUGAAGAAGGAAGCAUAUGCAUGAGAUUGGAAAUUCUAGGGUGCCCGCUGCCAGACCCAAAUAACUAUUAUCACAGAAGAAAUGAAAUGAUGACAACAGACAACCUUGAUUUUAAGCACCACAACUACAAGGAAAUGAGACAGUUGAUGAAAGUUGUGAAUGAGAUGUGCCCAAAUAUCACAAGAAUCUACAAUAUUGGGAAGAGUCACCAAGGGCUAAAGCUGUAUGCCGUUGAGAUCACGGACAACCCAGGAGAACACGAAGUUGGUGAGCCAGAAUUUAGGUACAUGGCAGGGGCUCAUGGGAAUGAGGUACUUGGACGUGAGCUACUGCUUUUGUUAAUGCAGUUUAUGUGCCAGGAAUAUCUGGCUGGGAAUCCACGCAUUAUACGCCUCAUUGAGGAUACCAGAAUUCAUCUUCUUCCUUCAGUCAACCCAGAUGGAUAUGAAAAGGCCUAUGAAGUGGGUUCAGAAUUAGGAGGAUGGUCUUUAGGACGAUGGACUCAGGAUGGCAUUGAUAUAAACAAUAACUUCCCAGACUUAAAUACUCUGUUGUGGGAAUCUGAAGAUCGGAAAAAAGUCCUGCGAAAAGUCCCUAACCACCACAUACCAAUUCCAGAAUGGUACCUGUCUGAAAAUGCUACAGUGGCAGUAGAAACUCGAGCUGUGAUAGCAUGGAUGGAAAAAAAUGCAUUUGUGCUUGGGGGCAAUUUGCAGGGAGGAGAACUUGUUGUUGCUUAUCCAUAUGAUAUGGUUCGGUCAACUUGGAAAACACAGGAGCAUACACCUACCCCAGAUGAUCAUGUUUUUCGGUGGCUCGCGUAUUCCUACGCCUCCACUCACCGACUAAUGACAGAUGCUCGAAGGAGAGUCUGCCACACAGAGGACUUCCAGAAGGAAGAUGGAACUGUAAAUGGAGCUUCAUGGCAUACUGUUGCAGGAAGUAUAAAUGACUUUAGCUACUUACAUACAAAUUGUUUUGAACUAUCCAUAUAUGUUGGCUGUGAUAAAUAUCCUCAUGAAAGCGAGUUGCCUGAGGAAUGGGAAAACAACCGGGAGUCCCUUAUUGUUUUUAUGGAGCAGGUACACCGGGGCAUUAAAGGCGUGGUGCGGGAUAUACAUGGAAAGGGAAUUCCAAAUGCCAUUAUUUCUGUAGAAGGUGUUAAUCAUGACAUACGCACAGCCAGUGAUGGAGAUUAUUGGCGUCUUCUGAACCCAGGUGAAUAUGUGGUCACUGCAAAAGCAGAGGGCUAUACUGCCUCCAGCAAAAACUGUGCUGUAGGCUAUGACAUGGGAGCAACUCGGUGUGAUUUCAUGAUCAGCAAAACCAACUUGGCCCGAAUCAAAGAGAUCAUGGAGAAAUUUGGGAAGCAGCCUAUUAGCCUGUCUCUCCGACGACUCAGGCAGCGAGCUAGGCAGAGGCGUCAGCAGUAUAGACUACUUUCUACAGUGUAACAAAUUGUGUUAUCAUGCUCUGUACUUAAACGGAAACCUACUGUAGUAGUAGAUAUUUUAAUAUAGAUGAUAUUUUAAUACCUCCCCUUUUCACAAUAUUCUAAUCCAUGAUGUUGUAUUGAAGAAUAUCUCUUGGAUUUCCACAGCUCAAUAUUUAGAUUCAUAUGAUCUUUUGAAAAAUUUGGAACAAAAAUUCCCCCCCCGGAAAGGAUCCAGCAAAAUAGCAAUUGCAUGGGGCAGUUAUGGCCUCAGAUUCAAAGGGAAGGCCAGGCCUUGUAUUGUGCUCAUAGGAAUGUUAUGCAGAAGCCAUUUCAAAUCGCCUGUUGCCUUUAAACCAUUGAAUUAAAAAUGCUGUGAAUACCAACAUUGAGUUUGGAGGUUGGAAACUUGAUUUCUGGAUUAAAUAUUAAGUAUCUGAAUGUAAAACUUUGGGCUUGGGGCCAGAAUUCUGCCCAAGAGGCAAGACACUGUCUCUCUGGUUCACUGACACCCAGUGUGGUGCCAUUGCAGCACAACUAAGUGCAAGGGGGAAGGCAAAGAGAUGUGUGAAGAAGUGAAAGCAGUUUAAGUUGUGUCUUGAUUGUCAUGUAAAAAUAAAAUACUAGAUACCUGUACAAGUGUUUUCUCAGGUGUAACAGAUGUAGCUCUGAUUCAGUGUAAUGUGGGGUUGCUGGGAACAAGUUUUAACAUGGUGUCAAGAAAGUAACAGUUUGCUGGACAUGUAGCUCUAAAAUGAUUUUAAAAACAGUGAAUUUCACCUCCUUCACACCAGUAAUCACCACCUCGUAGCUUGUUUUAUUAACAUAUCUUUCAUACAAUUGUGCUUGUGUUUAGAGUGUCAUCAUUAUGUGAUCCUAUUAUUAAGUUAACACCAACUUAAAUUGGAUGUUAAUAUGCUUGAUACCAGGUUAGGUGGACAAGUGCUGCCAAAAAUCUUAUGCAAAUAGAAUAUCAGAUAAUUUGCUGCUCUACUCUUCAAGGCUUAGGGAGGUUUGAUUGUCCUCUUAGAAAACUAAAGUAACUUUUCUGUUUAAAUUAUUGGAGGACAAGAUCAUUCAUAGUUAAAUUAGUGGAGGUUAGAAGAGUUGGUGGAGCAUAAUGGCUGAGCUAUGAAUCAAGUUCUUGGUUCAAGCUUGUCUCUGCCGUGAACUCACUAAGAGAGCUUAGGCAAGUCUCCCAUAUGUAAUAUGGGAAUAAUGAUAUUUACUUACCUUACAGAAUUGUUGUAAGGAAUACAAGGUAAUGUAUGUGAACACACUUUCAACACUGUAACAGUACUAUAUAAAUAUUAAGUAGUAGUAGUAGGAAUGAAUGGGAUCAACUUGUACAAGGGGAAAGCAAUGAGCACUGGCUUUCUCUUCAAUGUAAGAAAAAAAAAUGAGUGGAUUGAUCUCACAGGAUUUGGACCUCAUGAUGCCAUUUGGUGGUAGAGCCUUAACUCUUCUCUUCUGUCUAAAAAUAAGUCAGUUAUCUCAUGUAUAUAGGCAUGGUAGCAAGACUUUAGUGGGUCCUGUCAAGUACAUUUCUGUUAACAUUGUUAUGAUUGCUAAUUACAGCAGUUGUCCGGCUUGAUAUGUUUUUGUGAGGCCUGGAGGGGGGGAAAAGAUCAUCAACACAAUAAUGUUAAAAACUAAAGGAAAUAAAACUGCUGCAAGAAGGUUAUUGAUAGUAGACCUGCAACGA